GAUCGAAUGAGAAAACACUACGCAUCCUCCGCUCUCCCGCUUUUACACAAAGGAAUUAAAGCACGAUUGAUGAUUUGCAUAUUUCUUUUUAUAUAUUAACAAUAGCAAUCGAAAAUGAAAUACACGCUGAUACUGGUGUUACAGUUAAUUAUUUGUGUACAUCUUAAUAACGCCAGGGAGAUUACACACGAAGAUAUUAAGGAUGCGAUGUUGAGUUUGGUACACAUGAUGCGGGAGAAUACGGAGAAAUUAGAAAGACACGAGGCACGGGAACGUCAAUUGGGAGACCAGUUAAGGAAGACGAUCGCGGCAUUGACGAAACGUAUGUCAACGGUGGACACUUUGAAAUUACAGUUGACCAAGCUCGACGAGAGAGUAAUGGCAAUUGAACAAGUCAUGUCUCAGAGGGACGAACGAGAGAGAAUACAAAUGCAAAAGACUGCUGACAGUUUGGAAGAUCUCGGGAAUCGUUUAGAGGGAUGGCUCACGGAUAUAGAGAACAAAGUGUCUGGAGGAAACGGCCGUCCGGACACGAUGUUACCCCCAUUUGAUAAUUUCAAUCGCAUCGCCUCGAGAUUGAACGAUACGGAGUUAAAGCUGAUGGAGAAAAUGUCGAGGACGGAAUCGCUCGUGAAAUCUGAAGCGAGCGAUUUGAAGGAAGUGACCAACGCUCAAACGGGAACUACGCAAGCGUUACUCACAGAGAUACAGGACAUCGGUACGAGGCUCAGCGAUCUGGAGGCCUCGCUGGAAAAAGUAAAGAGUCAAUCGCAGGGCAUACAAAAUAAAUUACAGGAACCGCAGUUCGACGCGAUCGGGAGCAUUGAUAAUUAUACUAGAAUGUUACCUCCUAUGCAGAAACUCCUAGAAGACACUUCAGAUAAAAUCAAGGAGUUACCACGAAUUAAUGAAAUACAAAAUCUACAUAACGAAACCCAAAUGCUUUUACAUGAGACCAAACACGCUAUGAAGGAUGUAGUUAACAGAGGAAUAAGCGGCGUUGAAAAUAAAUUAAUCGAGAGUAAUAACGAAACCCAAGACAGUAUAGGAGCACUUAGAAUGGACUUAGCGAACAACGCUGAACACGUGAACCAGGAAUUGAACGAUCUCGAGAAAGGGCAAUCCGUGAUGGUUUCAAUGGCUGAUCACGUUUUAGACACUAAGAGACGAGUCGAAUACGGCGUGCACCAGAUCCUCCUAGAAGUAGGGGACUUAGUUAAGGCACAGGGUAUAAAUAUUAAUAAUACUUUGAACCAAAGGUUCGAUGGUAUAUCGAACGAUAUUAUGGACAAUCAAAACGGAGCUCUAGCGAAUUUGACUACUAAGAUGGAACAGGAAAUGAAUCAGGUGUGGCGGCAGAUAAACGUCAUGUAUCAACAGAUGACGGAAAGCGCGAAAGCGUUGGAUAAAUUGCACCAGCAAAAUCAAGAAUAUGUUAAUGGCACAACUUCCACGAUGGGUGGGAUGGAAUCUAAGGUGAGCGAAAUAACGAAACGCAUGAGGGAAAUGGACGAGAAUUUGAACUAUCUCUUGGGAAGACUGUCGUUGGUGACACAGGAAUUUAAUCAAAUAAAAACGGGAUUAGGGAACGCGUUAGAUAAUAUUAAGGCAUCGUUCAAGGAGGUUCAAGAGAAAGCAAACGAUCUGACGCAUCCAGGACCGCAUCCGAUACCUGCAAAUUACAAAGAAUUCGAUGAAACCGAUAAUAAUAAACCAGACGUUAUGAAAAUAAAAUAAUAACGAUAUCAAUUAUUGUAUCGAGGACAUUUUCAUCGUCAACGGCGCAAGUAUCGAGUUUUACGUUUCAAGAUUAUAUAUUUGACAUCACUAAUAUAUUAACAUCCACGACACCCAUCAUCAUAAUUAUAUAUAUUAUAUAGAGUUUUUGUUAAAACAAUGUAUCAUUUCGAUACUUACACAUAUUUAAUGAUAGAGAACGUCUGUAAUUUUUCAAAACGAGAAUUGUCGAUCUUUAUCAUUGAAGAUCGCAUUAGACAUCGACCAUUGUAAUUUCUAACUUCCACGACUGAUAAGGAAUGGAUAAAAAGAACGUCGAGGUAUAUAGAAUAUAGAAUUGUAAAUAUAUGACUAUUCUCGAAAAACAAAAUAUUAAUAUAUACGUAACGUAGAUUACGUAGGAACGUUAUCGAUCAAAUAUUUUACGAAACAUUAUUUACGUUUACUAUAUAUUUGCGAAGGAACAUGUAACAUGACGAAUGUACCACAGUAUUGCCACAGACUUUGCGUUGAUAAACUAUCUCGCUUGAUAUAAUAUAAAAUAAAGUGUGACCUAUAUACAGAGAAACGUUAUUUAACGUGGUUUGCGGAACGUUUCAGUUAUAUAAGCGAAAUGUUUCAAUAAUAAACGGCAUACAAAUGGAA